CCCCACUCUCUCUGCUCUCCCCCUCCCUCUCUCCCCUCUCCUCCCCUCUCCUCGGGCCCCUCCCGUUCCGGGCUCGGGGCAGCGGCGGGGAUGGGGUUCGGGCGAGUGGCUGCGCGGCCGCUCUCUCCGCCGCUCGCCCCGCUGUGCUGCCUGCUCGCCCUCCGGCUGCUGCUCAGCGCUGCGCACCCAGACUCCAAAGUCUUCCUCAUCUAUCACACGGGUGCUCAGGGCUGCCUGGAGACAAAGGACUCGCUGGUGAGACUCGCCAAGGGCUGCAACGCCAGCGUCCCAGCCCAGCAGUGGAAAUGGGUCUCACGAAAUCGCCUCUUCAACGUGGGCGCCAUGCAGUGCCUGGGGGUGUCGUGGCACGGGGGCAAUGCCACGGCGGGGCUGCACCCCUUGGCCACCUACGAGUGCGACCGUGAGUCGGUCAACAUGCGCUGGAGCUGCCGCGGCCUCGGGGAACAGCUCUCCCAGCAUCUCAACGCCCGCCCGGGCAAUUCGUCCUUGGACAGAGGGGACCAGGCGCGUGGUUCACAGUGGAGGACGUAUGGAACCGAGGAGGACCUGUGCUCUGUGCCGUACUCUGAGAUUUACACCAUCCAGGGCAACUCGCACGGGAAGCCGUGCACCAUCCCCUUCAAGUACGACAACCAGUGGUUUCACGAGUGCACCAGCACGGGGCGGGAGGAUGGCCACCUCUGGUGUGCCACCACCCAGGACUACGGCAAGGAUGAGCGAUGGGGCUUCUGCCCCAUAAAGAGCAACGACUGCGAGACCUUCUGGGACAAGGACCACCUCACCAACAGCUGCUACCAGUUCAACUUCCAGUCAACACUGUCAUGGCGAGAGGCCUGGAAUAGCUGCGAGCAGCAAGGGGCCAACCUGCUGAGCAUCACCGAGAUCCACGAGCAGACCUACAUCAACGGGCUGCUGUCGGGGUACAGUUCCACGCUCUGGAUUGGACUCAACGACCUGGACAUCAACGGAGGCUGGCAGUGGUCUGACAACUCCCCUCUCAAGUACCUCAACUGGGAGAGUGACCAGCCCGACAACCCCAGUGAGGAGAACUGUGGGGUGAUCCGCACCGAGUCCUCCGGAGGGUGGCAGAACCGCGACUGCGGCAUCGCCCUCCCCUACGUCUGCAAGAAGAAGCCCAAUGCCACGGCCGACCCCUUCCUGACGGACUCGUGGUCAGAGGUGAAGGUGGACUGUGAGCCCAGCUGGCAGCCCUUCCAGUCCAACUGCUACCGCCUGGUGGGAGAGAAGAAGAGCUGGCAGGAGGCGAAGAAGACCUGCUUGCGGAGUGGGGGGGACCUGGUCAGCAUCCACACCCUCUCUGAGCUGGAGUUCGUCACCAAGCAGGUCAAGCAAGAUGUGGAAGAGCUCUGGAUUGGCCUAAAUGACCUCAAGCUGCAGAUGAACUUCGAGUGGUCGGAUGGGACGCCUGUGAGGUUCACGUACUGGCACCCCUUUGAGCCCAACAACUUCCGCGACAGCCUGGAAGACUGUGUGACCAUCUGGGGACCGGAAGGGAGGUGGAAUGACAGCCCAUGCAACCAGACCCUGCCGUCCAUCUGCAAAAAGCCUGGACGGGUGAGCCAGGAGAAGGAGGAGGAUGACCAUGGGUGCCGAAAGGGCUGGAAGUGGCACAGCCCCUCCUGCUUCUGGCUGGGCGAGGACCGCGUCCCCUACAGUGAUGCCCGCAAGACGUGCUCCGACUAUGGCUCCACGCUGGUCACCAUCACCAACAGGUUCGAGCAGGCCUACGUCAGCAGCCUCAUCUACGGUUGGGAUGGGGAGUAUUUUUGGACAGCACUGCAGGACAUCAAUGAGACAGGCGCCUUCCGCUGGCUGAGCGGCGAUGAGGUUAUGUACACCCACUGGAACCGUGACCAGCCCGGUUACAACAAGGGUGGCUGCGUGGCCCUGGCCACCGGCAGCUCCAUGGGGCUGUGGGAGGUGAAGAACUGCAGCACCUUCAAGGCCAAGUACAUCUGCCGGCAGAACCUGGGCACUCCGGUCAACCCCGAGCUGCCCAGCCCCUACCCCACGCCCAGCCUCACCGCCUCCUGCCCCCCGGGAUGGAGCUCCGACUCCAAGCUCCGCCACUGCUACAAGGUGUUCAACUUUGAAAAACUGCAAGAGAAGAAGACGUGGAUCGCAGCGCAGGAGUUUUGCCGGGAGCUGGGGGCCCAGCUGCUCAGCCUGGGCAGCUACGAGGAGGAGCACUUUGUUGCCAACACCCUCAACAAGAUUUUUGGGGAGUCGGAGCCAGAGGUCCACGAGCAGCACUGGUUCUGGAUCGGCCUGAACCGGCGGGACCCCACAGGCGACAGGAGCUGGAAGUGGAGCGACGGGCUGGGCUUUUUCUACCGCAACUUUGACCGCAGUAACUAUGAUGAUGACGACAUCCGGACCUGCGUGGUGCUGGACCUGGCCUCCCUGCAGUGGAUGCCGAUGCAGUGCGAAGCCCAGCUGGACUGGAUCUGCAAACUGCCCAAAGGUGCUGACGUGAAGGAGCCAGAGAUCACCACCCAAGGCAGCAAAGAGUGGGUGAGGUACGAGGAGGCUGAGUACAAGUUCUUCGAGCACCACUCGACGUGGGUGCAAGCACAGCGCAUCUGCAGCUGGUUCCAGGCAGAGCUGGCGUCGGUGCACAGCGAGGCCGAGCUGCGCUUCCUGGGCCAGAACCUGAAGAAGUUCUCCAGGGGCCAGGAGCAGCACUGGUGGAUUGGGCUGCACACCUACGAGAAUAACGGGAGGUUCAAGUGGUCCGAUGGGUCGCUCCUCAACUUUGUCUCCUGGGCGCCAGGCAAGCCCCGACCCAUCAACAAGGACAAGAAGUGUGUGUACAUGACGGCCAGCAGAGAGGACUGGGGGGACCAGAAGUGCCUGACGGCGCUGCCCUACAUCUGCAAGCGGAGCAACGGGACAGCUGUGAAGCCGUCUCUCCCACCGCUGCCCAGUCCUGUCAGCGGAGGCUGUCCCCGUGGCUGGUUUCCCUUCCUCAGCAAGUGUUUCAGCUUCAACGGCCAUGACAAAGCUGAGAUAGUGAAGUGGCCGGAGGCGAAGCAGGCGUGUGAGAGCCAGGGCGCCGUCCUGGCCACCCUCACCAGCCCCCUGGAGCAGGCUUUCAUCACGUCCAUGCUGCCCAACAUCUCCUUCGACCUCUGGAUCGGCCUCCACGAUGCCCAGCGAGAGUUCCAGUGGGUGGAGGGUGAGCCGCUGCGGCACGUGAACUGGGCACCCGGCGAGCCCUCGGGCUGCAGCGCCUCUGGUCCCCGCGACAAGCCGACCAACUGCGUGGUGGUGUGGCACGGCUCACCCCCUCACUUCACGGGGCGCUGGGACGACCGGAGCUGCCUGGAGGAGAAGCACGGCUACAUCUGCCAGCGGAGCAUAGACCCGUCCCUGAGCCCCGUGCGGACGCCGUACCCCCCCUCGCCCACCGGCACCCUCUUUUACCACAACAGCACUUACCGCAUCCUGCAGAAACCCCUCAGGUGGCACGAGGCGCUGCUGCUCUGCGAGACCCUCAACGCCACCCUGGUCACCAUCUCCGACCCCUACAGCCAGGCUUUCCUCACCCAGGCCGUGAGCAGCCUGCGGGCUCCGCUCUGGAUCGGGUUGGCCAACGACGAGGGAGGUCGGAGCUACUCGUGGCUGACAGAGGAGAACCUCUUCUACACCAACUGGCAGGACGGAGAGCCCCAGCAGGUUGCCGGCUGCUCCUACAUGGAUGUGGACGGGAGCUGGCGCACCGCUGGCUGUGACACCAAGCUGCAGGGGGGCAUCUGCCAGCUCCGAGCAGAUGCCCCCCGCACGCACAAAUGGAGCUACAGCGGCAGCUGCCCCAAGUCAUUGGAGGACUCAUCUUGGAUCCCUUUCCGGGACCACUGCUACACCUUCCACAUGGAGAUCACCUUGGGGCAGAAAGACGCCAUGAGGAGGUGCCAGAAAGUUGGUGGCACGGUGUUGUCCAUCCAGGACGAGAUGGAGAAUGUCUUUGUGUGGGAGCACCUCCAAGCAUAUGAGGGCCCAUCCAAGGGUGCCUGGCUGGGCAUGACCUUCAACCCCAAAGGUGGCACCUUGGUUUGGCAUGACAACACCGCUGUGAACUACUCCAACUGGGGCCAGCACGACACGGGGCCCAGCAUGCUCAGCCAGAACAGCUGCUACUGGAUCCAGAGCAGCAACGGCGUCUGGCGCCUGGGCUCCUGCACCAAUGUCACCAUGGGGGUCAUCUGCAAGAUACCCCGAGUGGAGGAGAGCAGCUUUUCCAGGGCAGCUCUGCCGGAGAACACGACGGCCAUCGCGGUGGUGGUGGUGUCAACGCUGUCGCUGUGCGUCGUGCUGGGCGUCGUUGUCUACCUGUACAAGCGUCGUCAGAGUGCGGAGCGCGGCGCCUUCGAAAGUGCCCGUUACAGCCGCACCACCUCCAACCCCAGCGAAUCCGCCGAGAAGAACAUCCUGGUGUCAGACAUGGAGAUGAACGAGCAGCAAGACUAACGGCAGGGGGGACGCUGGGGAUGGGGACCAGGGGAGGGGGGAGGAUGGAGGGCAUCACACACGCUAUCCCCACGGCACGCGGGGCAGGGCGGAGGCAGGACCGUUGCAGCAGGGCUGGGAGAGGGGCUGGAGCUGGGCUUGGGGUCCAGCCAGGUGGGCGAGUGGAGGGAACUGGGGUCCUUCCUCCCCUUUGGGUCGCUGCCACCACCUCCGGGCUUGUCCCCCACUGCCAGGAGUUUGUCCGCAGAAGCUGUGGAGGCAGUUUCAGGGCUAAAAAAAGAUUAAAGGAAAGUUGUCUUCGCCCAGUUCAAGCGCUUUCUGGUGGCAUGAGCGGGCUCUGAGACACCUUCCCCUUGGGAGAAGGCAAGCACGGGCACUCAGGGCCCUGUCGUGGGCUCAUUCCCCCCUCCCAGGAACCGAGCUGGUGUCUGAGAAGAUGUCCUCCUGGGCAAGAGGUCUCUUAAAGCCAAUCUACCUCCUCUCCGCAUGCAGCAGCGAGGGUCCUGCCAGCCCCCCUGUCCCUGCCACCGCGCCGCUCCUCUCCUCCUCCUCCUCAGCCUCGUCCCCCACCUCUGGCGGAAAGCAGUGGAGGUGCUGUUGCAGCGAUGUGAGCGUGGACCUUCCCCUGGCAUCAGCGAUGGCAUCCCCUCUCCUCCCUGGCACAUCCCUAGGGCUGCACCCCUGGGCUGGCAGCCAGAACCUGUCCCGCUUUCCAUUUUCUUUGGUGCACGUCCCACUCAAAACAACUGCGCGGGACAACACCGGAGCGAACCCCUCUCUGAUGGAGCAUCCUUGCAGGAGGAGCCACGGCAAGAGGUGCUGUCGGAGAGCCAGGGCCACCCUCUGUCCCUUGCCGGGCAGGGACAGCACAGGGCUGGGGUUGCUUGCCGCUGGUUUGGGCCAGAAGGACGAGCAUCAGGGUGGGGAGCGCUGUGGAAGCUUUGGUGGUUCUUUUGAAAGUUUGGUGUUUGUUUGUGUUUUUGUUUUUUUUUUUUUUUUUAAAAAAAAAGGAAAUGGUAGCAUUUUUUUUGCUAUACUGUAUUGAGUGCGUGCUGAAUAUAUACGUUCUUUCACACAGCUGGCUGGGGUGUGUGGAGUUGCCUGUUUUAUGUGUAGGAUGUAGCGGAGGAGGAGGAAGGUGGUGCAAGGCUAAGCCCCCUUCUGGCUCUUGAGCUCUGCAGGAAGGCGUGAGGUCCCUGGGGCUGAGCCUUCCUCCUCCAUCCUGCGGCAGCAUCCCCGGUCCCAGGGUCAGAACGGAGGAUUUCUGGAGACAGGGAGAGAUCUUCAGGCCCUGAGGGGAGUUCCCUGCUGGAAUGGGACCCCAAAAGCCCCUCAGACCCCUGAAGUGGGGUGGUGCAGCCCCUACAAGAGACGUUGUGUUUUGCAACCUCUGCCUCCGAGGCUCGAGUUGGGGUUUUUUUUCUGUUGUGACGACAAUGGGAAUUGGCUCAUUUUUGUUACUCUCCUUUUUGACACUUGUGUGGAUUUAAAAACCUGUUGCUUUCACUUAAGCUGGACAUUAAGUGUUUAAGAAACUGUUGGGGGGUGGGAUGAGGGAAUGAGGGAUCAUUGGGGUUCUGUUUACUUUUUGGCAAUGUCCAAAAGCUAACACGACAUUUCAGGGCAAGCAAAAACCUGGAGUGCGUGGAGCUGCCCCAGCUCGGUUUGUCCCUCUUGGCUUUCUCUGCAUUUAUUUCCUGAGGUCUUUUCUGGUUUGGAGCUGUUGGUUUUGUCCGUGGGCCCAUGGUUUUCUGACAUGAGUGCCAGAAAAGCCACGCUUAAAUUCCUCCUCAUCGCCAGCAGGCAUUGAUGUACCAAGCAGCAAACUUGGAGUGUGCUGGCAUCCCUGCUGCGAGGAUGCUUGGAAUAACAGGAGGGAAGCUGAGCUGGAAGCUGUGCUGCUGGUGGAAAGGAGGUCCUGGAUUAACUCCUCCUGGCUCGAGUGGAGCUGUUGGGAGGUCCUAAAAAAUGAAGGUUGAGGUUAGGAUUGGUGGGAAGGAGUGAGCAAAGAGUAGUGCUGAGGUGCAGCUGGGCAGGGUUGGGCUGGUGGGGAGUUAUUGGUGCCGGAGGAAUGCCCGUGCCAUGGAAGAGUGCUGGGAGCCUAUAAGGAGAUGUUGGGCUUUCACACAGCUCUACUUGAGAAGGCUGUGCUUAAGAGAUUUUCUGUCUUUUUUGGUUUUUUUUUUGGUUUUGUUUUUAUUUUUCCUCUCUUUGAUUAACUUUGUUCUCUUUCCUUCUCCUUUACUUUCAAGAAAAGAAAUCUGUCCAGUCUAGGGGAAAGUUUGUAUGAGAAGAGUUUUGUCAGCUGUCAGCAGUGAUCAGGAUUAUGGGGAAAAACGCAUUUAUGGUUAAGUGGGAUCUCUUAUCGCCAUUGGAAUAAUGUGAAGAAGUGCUUAAAAGGACCCUGUCAAAUAUAUAUAUAUAUAUAUAAA